CGAACAAACAACACUGAGCCCAUUGCCAAAAGGGAAAGUUUCUUCAGAUUUCUUUUGACACCUGUAGAUUAUUUUAAGGAGCUACUUGGAUAAUUCGAGCGCCACCUAACUGAAUGGCUGUUCAGUGGAUGAUGAAUUAAAAUGCAGUGGGCUCUGGAGAGAGUGCAUGUGUGGAGCGGCUCUGGUUCACUCUCAACAUGACGAGAUUCAUCUGUGUGUCGCAGCUGGCUGUGAUUCUGCUCUACACUCCUCUUGUACAGGUUUUAACCAUUCUGGGCAAUUCCCACUCCAAAGUGAUGCUGUUCCCUGAGGCGUGGGGCCGCAGUCAGUGUCGUUCUCUGGAGCAGAUGGUGGAGGUGGAGCAGGAGUAUCCCGGAGGAGUCGAACACAUCUAUAAUCCCAGCUGUGUGCCGCUUCUGCGCUGCUCCGGAUGCUGCAACGAUGACAAACUGGCCUGUUUCCCUGCCAGCACACACAACAUCAGCAUCCAGGCACAGACACUGUCACCUCAGUCACAUACGCUGCUUGAAGAUAAGAAUCUUCUACAUACAGCUGUUUUCAUUUCACUGCAGUUCAUAGUGACGAAACAUCAACAAAAACAUCCGGCUGACUUCUGAACACACUGGAAUCAGGGUUAUUAACGAAAACUAAAGCUAAAACCAAAACCAUAAAAAAAUUGUUACAUGAAAUUAAUUUAAAAAAAAAAAACCUUUGACUAAAAUAAAAUAAACUCUUUUUUUCAGCAACCUUCUGCAAUUUUAUUUAACUUCAUGCACUAAAUAAACAAACUAAACCUGAAAUAAGAGUAAUAAAUUCACUAUUAUUAUUAUUAUUAAUAUAUUUUUUAUUUAGCAUUUGUUGUGUUUAUCACUACAACAGAAAAUCAUAGCACUGAGUCUCGCCUUACCUAGAGUAUUAAAUGACAUUCUGUUGUCGGUUGAUUUAGGGGAUUCAGUUAUUCCAGUUUUAUCGGACCUGAGUGCUGCAUUUGAUACAGUUGACCAUACCAUUCUUAUUUUUUACAUAUUGAACAAUGUGUUAGUAUUCAAGGCCAAACCCUGAACUGGUUUAAAUCCUUAAUUUGUGAUCUUCUCAGUAGGCAUCGGAAAUACGGUUUAUUCAGUUGCUCCUCUGACUUAUGGUGUUCCCCAAGGGUCUAUUCUCGCCCCGACCCUGUUUUCUUUGUAUAAG